CAGAAACAGCUACACAGACCACAACCUGCCCAGCCCGAGAGAGGAGAAACUUCUGCACAGUUUCAUAGAAAACCUGGGGAACUUCUUCAGAGAUCUGACAGAGGCACAGGGGUCCCCCCAGUUUCCAUCUCUCAAAACCUGAAGACCUUUUUUUCCCAGUAUGGCGGCGUGGGACCUUUCAGUCACAGUGGAGGACCUGGGGUCUGACGCGCCACCUGUCACCCUCAGCGUGGCCUCUGACCUCCACGUCGGAGGGGUCAUCCUGAAGCUGGUGGAAAAGACACAGAUACAGCGUGACUGGUCGGACCAUGCGAUAUGGUGGGAACAGAAGCAUCGGUGGCUGCUGCGAACAGCCUGGACUCUGGAUAAAUAUGGCAUCCAUGCAGACGCCCGGCUGGUCUUUAUGCACCAACACAAGCCCCUGAAGCUGGGUCUGCCCAACGGCACUACCCUGAGGCUCCAAGCCUGCUUCUCAAGCUCCGUCUUCCAGACCGUGAUGGGUGUCUGCAGAAUGCUCAAUAUCCGUCACCCCGAGGAGCUCUCGCUCCUUCGGCCUAUCGAGGAGAAAAAGAAGAAGAAAGAUAAAGACUCGGCUGAGGAGAUCUACGACCUGACCGAAGUGCCCCUUUCCUCGGCAUCUCGGCCCUGUCUGUAUAAUGGCAUGCCUGCUCAUUUUGCCGACUCACCUCAGAUGGAGGCCGUCUACAAGAUGCUGUCAGUCACCCAGCCUCCCCCCGCCCCCGAGAUCAUAGCCAAGCAGUACCGCGCGGCCAGUGUGGUGGACAAGGCACACAUCAACGGCAGGUGGUUGGACUCAUCCCGUUGUCUCAUGCAGCAGGGAAUCCAAGAAAAUGACAGAGUCUGGCUUCGCUUUAAAUACUUUUCCUUCUAUGAUAUAGAUCCCAAGUAUGAUGUUGUGCGUCUGGCCCAGCUGUAUGAGCAGGCUCGCUGGGCCAUCCUGCUAGAGGACAUCGACUGCACCGAGGAGGAGAUGAUGUUGUUUGGAGCUCUACAGUACCACAUCAGUAAGGUGACUCAGUCGGAGCCCCAGAUGCUGAGCUCCAGUGCAGCCAUGGACGACCUGGAGUCUGCCCUGCAGUCCCUGGAGGUCAAGAUGGAGGGAGAGAGCAGCUCCGCGUCCGAGAUGCUGGAAAACAUGACCGCACCGGAUCUCAACGACUACCUGAAGAUAUUCAGGCCAAAGAAGCUGACUCUAAAGGGAUAUAAGCAGUACUGGUUCAAGUUCCAGGAUACCUCCAUCUCUUAUUUCAAGAGCAAAGAGGAGAGCAUCGGAGAGCCCAUUCAACAGAUUAACCUCAAAGGAUGUGAGGUGGCUCCGGACGUCAACGUGACGGCACAGAAGUUCUUAAUCAGACUCCUGAUACCAGCGCCUGAGGGCAUGAAUGAGCUCUAUCUGCGCUGUGAAAACGAGCAGCAGUAUGCUCAGUGGAUGGCUGGAUGUCGACUGGCCUCCAAAGGCAAGACUCUGGCCGACAGCAGUUUCCAGAAUGAGAUCCAGAGCAUCCGCUCCUUCCUGGCGAUGCAAAAGACCAGCUCCGGUUCCCAUGGCAACGCACCUACCAACGAUGAAGGCAUCAACACUCACAGUCUGGUGUCGCCACGCUACCAUAAGAAGUACAAAGCCAAACAGCUGACCCCUCGUAUCCUGGACGCCUACCAGAACGUGGCUCAGCUCUCACUGACAGAUGCAGUGAUGCGCUUCCUGCAGAUCUGGCAAGCCCUGCCCGACUUUGGGCUCUCAUACGUGGUUGUCAGGUUUAAGGGCAGUCGAAAAGACGAGGUACUGGGCAUUGCUCCCAACCGUCUGAUCCGCAUCGACCUGGCCGUGGGUGACGUGGUUAAGACCUGGCGCUACAACAACAUGAAGCAGUGGAACGUCAACUGGGACAUACGACAGGUGGCCAUAGAGUUUGAAGGCAACAUCAACAUUGCUUUUGCCUGCGUGACUGCCGACUGCAAAAUCGUUCAUGAGUUUAUCGGAGGCUACAUUUUCAUGUCGACACGCAGUCGUGCAAAGAGCGACACGCUCAAUGAGGAGCUCUUCCACAAGCUGACCGGUGGCCAUGAUGCUCUCUGAGACUAAAACACACAAUCACAAAAGAAAAAAACCCACAUCAGAUCUCCUGGUGUGUCUCAACUGUGGAAAAACGUGGAAUUGGAUUUUACGUUCCAUUCAGGCUACGGCAAAAACAUCACAACUGCAGAACAAAUGAAAAAAAUGAGAGAAUCCGUUACUUGUGUAAAUGUGUUACAACCGACCUGGUCAGUCUAUCCAAGUUUUUAUAUAGUCUUUGUUACACACACACACACACACACACCCUCUCAUAAUCUAUCAGUGGGUGGAUAACAUGGUCAGACAGUUCAAGACUCCGGUGGUCCUCAUGCUGACUUCCCCUUUCCUUCAGGAUGGACCGCUGCUGGGCCACACUGCUGGACCUCAGGUCCUGGAUCAGCAGGCUUGAAACUCAAACUCAUGGCAACGUAAAAUCGACAGUUGCAUCAGCCAGCACCAACUUUUCUGUUUCGCUUCACUGCAUGUGGACUUGCUGUCGCACAGGAUAAAAAGCUUUGCUUUGUCCAGAGCUGCAGACUUAUUGCCAGCAGCCACAUUAUCACAGCCAAGAAUCAACAGCAAAUAGUAGAAAAACGCAAAUAAACGUAUAGAUAACAAACAUUUAUUAAAAUAAAUACAGCAAUUCACUUUUCAUCCUGUGUUUUUUUCACUCCUUAUGGUUCGUGAUAUGUGGUGGUAAUUUCUGUUAUUUCCUUACCAGGAAGCUUCUAACCAUUUAUCUCCCCUCACAUGCUGUGUGUGUGUGUGUGUGGGUGUGGGUUGUGGGUGUGUGUGUGUGUGUGUGGGUGUGUGGGUGUGGGGGUGUGGGUGUGUGUGUCCAUAUCUUACAGUUAACAGUUACAGUAAUCCGUUAACUAAAACCACAGUGUCUGUAUCCUCUGCAUUCCUAUAUCAGUCAAGUGACUAUCCACACACACAGUACGUCUUCAAACGACAUUUAAAGGCCCAGCCGGUUGUUGCUAGCAGUCUGUUUGCAACAAGAGUUAUAUAUUUUACAACUUAUGGUGAAAUUAUCUUGGUUGUCAAUGUCUGCCAUAGUUUAUUUAGCACUUAGAAUACAAAGGAGGGGAAAAAAAGCCUCUAUACUUAUACAUAUAUUGCCAGCAUAAAUUGAUUGAUUUGUCAUAUAAAAUAAAAUAUACCUCCUUAAAGCCGUCCUGAUGCUUUCAAUAAUGACACAAAAAUGAAAAGUUUAGCAAUUUAGUCCCAUUUCGGAUGAUACAAAGGGACCUAGGAUAAGCAUCAACCAACCAUGGGAUGCUAGCACAGUCAGAUGAGUCCUGCUAUGACCAAUGACUCAGCAGUAUCCUCUGAUGCUACUGCAGUGGUAGGAUGCUCACUGAAACACAGGAAAAAAGUGACUUUAGUGACGUAAAUGGCUCUGGAUCCAAGUUUUAAAAGAAUCUAAACUGAGUGAAUCCAUGUGAUAGUUUUUCUUACUUGUAGGUCUCAGUUUUAAGGCUCGGCUAAAGUAUUUAGGGAGAAGUUUUCCCUCCGCGUCACCUGCAGUCAUCAACACACCGUUAUCUGACCAGAAGAACUCAAUGCCGUCUGUACAGAUACACACACACAAAACAUAUAAGAGAGAUUCUUGCCUAAU